AUGGGGCCCCCUACUGACCCCGGGCCCUCGGGCAGUGCCCCAGUUUCCAAAUGGUCAGUUCGCCCCUGGGGACAUGUACACUGAUCAUCAGGGCACUGAUGAUCAGUGUGACCUGAUGAUCAGUGUGGCCCCAGAAGUGCCACCUGUCAGUGCUCAUCAGUGCCAGUGCCCAUCAGUGCCACGUGCCAGUGCCCAUCAGUGCCACAUCAAUGCCACAUAUCAGUGCCCAUCUGAGUUGCCUUUCAAUGUCACCCAUCAGUGCCAGUCAGUGCCACCUAUCAAUGCCAAUCAGUGCCACCUAUCGGUGCCAGUCAGUGUCGCCUAUCAGUGCCAGUCAGUGCCGCCUAACAGUACCAGUAAGUGCUGUCUAACAGUGCCAGUCAGUGCCGCCUAUCAGUGCCAGUCAGUGCUGCCUAUCAGUGCCGCCUAUCAGUGUCAUGUAUCAGUGUCAUGUAUCAGUGCUGCCUUUCAGUGCCCAUCAGUGAUGCCUGUCAAUGCCCAUCAGUGCAACCUACCAGUGCCUCCUCAUCAGUGCCCAUCAGUGCCACCUAUCAGUGUCCAUCAGUGGUGCAAGCCUAUCAGUGCCCAUCACUGCAGCCUCAUUAGCGCACAUCAGUGAAGGAGGAGAAAAAUCACUUAUUUACAAAAUUGUAUAACAAACACUAAGAAAAAACUUUAUUUUUUCAAAAUUUUUAAGUGGUUUUUGGUUUGUUUAAGAAAAAAUAA